GACUAGCGGGGCGGGAGGGCAGGUCCGCGGUUGUGUGGUUGCUCGGAGAGGGUCAUGCCUCUGUCCGUGCACCACCAUGUGGCCUUAGACGUGGUCGUAGGCCUGGUGAGUAUCUUGUCUUUCCUGAUGGAUCUGGUCGCCGACCUGUGGGCCGUUGUCCAGUACGUGCUCCUUGGCCGUUACCUGUGGGCCGCGCUGGUACUGGUCCUGCUGGGUCAAGCUUCGGUGCUGCUGCAGCUCUUCAGCUGGCUCUGGCUGACAGCUGACCCCGCCGAGCUGCACCAGUCGCAGCUCUCGCGUCCUUUCCUGGCUCUGCUGCACCUGCUGCAGCUCGGCUACCUGUAUAGGUGUCUGCACGGAAUGCAUCAGGGGCUGUCCAUGUGCUACCAGGAGGCGCCAUCCGAGUGUGACCUGGCCUAUGCAGACUUUCUCUCCCUGGACAUCAGCAUGCUGAAGCUUUUCGAGAGUUUCCUGGAGGCAACGCCACAGCUCACGCUGGUGCUGGCAAUUGUGUUGCAGAGUGGCCAGGCUGAAUACUACCAGUGGUUUGGCAUCAGCUCUUCCUUUCUUGGCAUCUCCUGGGCACUGCUGGACUACCAUCGGUCUUUGCGUACCUGUCUUCCCUCCAAGCCAAGCCUGGGCCGGAGUUCCUCUGCUGUCUACUUCCUGUGGAAUCUGCUGCUGCUGGGGCCCAGAAUCUGUGCCAUCGCCUUGUUCUCAGCUGUCUUCCCCUACUACGUGGCCCUGCAUUUCCUCAGCCUGUGGCUGGUCCUAUUGUUCUGGAUCUGGCUUCAGGGCACAAAGUUUAUGCCUGGCUCCAAAGGUGAGUGGCUAUACCGAGUGACAAUGGCUCUCAUCCUUUAUUUUUCCUGGUUCAACGUGUCUGGGGGCCGCACUCGAGGCCGGGCCAUCAUCCACCUGAUCUUCAUCGUCAGUGACAGUGUUCUGCUAGUCACCACCUCCUGGGUGACACUCGGCACCUGGCUGCCCAGUGGGAUCUCAUUGCUGAUAUUCGUGACUAUAGGAGGAGUCUGCUUCUUCCUGGGACUGGCUUUGCGUGUGAUCUACUACCUCUGGCUGCACCCGAGCUGCAGCUGGGAACCUGACGUCGUGGAUGGGACCCUAGGACUCCUUCCUCCCCAACGUCCUCCUAAGCUGAUUUACAACAGGCGUGCCACUCUGUUAGCAGAGAACUUCUUUGCCAAGGCUAAAGCUCAUGCUGUCCUGACACAGGAGAAUGGAGUCCUCUGAGGCAGGGUCUGAUUCAGCCAGUGAGGAAAAUAAGGCGAGUGGGGCCUUGCAAGGGACAAGGGGGGCCAAUCAUGUGCAAGCCAUUUUUUCUUCUCAGUUGUUUGUCAUUCUCACCUCUCAGGUGAUUGGUGGUGUCCCGGUUCCUGGUUCCCUAGUCCGCUCUAGAUGACACAGAUUCUGGGAGAACUCUUCCCUACCCUAUCCCAUCCAUUCACUUCAACCAACAAAUGCUGAAGGCACUUUAAGUUCUGGGAACAUCAUCCUGGCUUCUGAACUGGCUGCCACCCUAGCUUCUUUCCCUGGCCCCCUGGACAGAUCCUGGAUAGACUCCUAAACAGUGAGAUGUCCCUCCAGUGUCCUGAUGCUCAGGCCACCUUUACACCAAGUGCCUUAUGGACCUGUGGCUAGGCCAUGUGAUGCUCAUUAUUUUCAUUCUCCUACCUCAAUCUAUGUGGAAGAACAUGUGUGCAUGUGUUUAACAGUAUUAAAGCCUCAUGAGGUUCUCCAGACCAGAAUGUACCACUAAGUGUAGUCUAUCACCCUUUACAGAUAUGUAGCAGGGGCCUGGAACCCCUUAAAACGGACACAGACUCCUGGCAUACCAAU